UUCCUUGCUGGGAGUACGCGCAGGCUCGUAGGCGCCUGGACAGAAGGAACACAUGGACGCUCCGUGAUGACGUACGCGCGCUGGCGCCAUCCCGGAAGCGCCAUCCAGGCCGCCAGAUGUGCAGGUGCCGAGACCGGAGACGCCAGGGCCGGUUCGGGAGGGAUCGCAGGGCGCCAGGCGGCCGGGGCGGGGAGGGAGGGCCCAUCCUACCUCUGGUACCGACACAGUCUCAGUUUUCCCGGAUGCUCAGCGGCAGCGCGGGCCAAUCUAGAUGAGAACCCUAGUUGUGUGACCGUCCGCAAGCGGGACCCCUGAGCGGCUUGGAGUGCGCGCGUGCCUCAUUUUCCCCGCUCGAAGGGGCGGGAACUCCAUGCCUCAGGGGUUGAGGAGAAAGAGAUGGACACCCCAGACUCAGCCUCAAGGGUCUUCUGUGGCCGCUUCCUCAGCAUGGUGAACACUGAUGACGUCAACGCCAUAAUUCUGGCCCAGAAGAACAUGCUGGACCGCUUCGAGAAAACCAACGAGAUGCUUCUGAACUUCAACAAUCUGUCCAGCGUGCGGCUGCAACAGAUGAGCGAGCGCUUCAUGCACCACACCCGCACCUUGGUGGACAUGAAACGGGACCUGGACAGCAUCUUCCGCAGGAUCAGGACACUGAAGGGGAAGCUGGCCCGGCAGCACCCAGAGGCCUUCAGCCACAUCCCAGAGGGUUCACUCCUAGAGGACGAAGAUGAAGACCCUGUUCCACCCAGUAUCACCACAACCAUCGCCACCUCAGAGCAGAGCACAGGCUCCUGUGACACCAGCCCUGACACUGCCUCUCCAUCCUUCAGUCCUGGCUUUGAGGACCUAUCACACAUUCGACCUGGCUCUCCUGCCAUCAAUGGCCACAGCCAAACAGAUGAUGAGGAAGAGACACGUGAAGAAUAACCUCUCUCCCAACCUCCUAGAAAGGCCCAGGGCAGCAGUGGUUCUCCUAGGGUCACAGUCAGUCAGCUUUGCUGCUCCUUUCUUUUGUAGGCAGGGUUCCUAAUUCCUGCCACUCCCCAUAAGAGCAGGACUUCCUAUGCCAGCAUGUAUGUCUAGCUGGGGCAGUGGGGCUGGGUAGAGGUAACCUUGAAAUCAGCCUGGGCCAGCUUUGAACAGUGCUUCUAAGGUCCCCAGAGACCAAAGCCAGAUUGUCAUCCCCCACACCCUGGGUGGGCACAGGAAGGCUGAGCUUGUUCCUACCCACUGGCAGCUGCUGAUUCAACUAUGGUCUCCUUUCCCUCUGUGGAGUACUUUUUUCCUGUUGUGUUUAAUUCUGGAGGAAGAGGCAGCCUUGACUGUGAGGAGCUGUGUUUCUCCAAGGUCCAUCAGGUUAUCUCCAGGAGCUGGCCAGUCACCUUAGAAAACAGCUGAAUGGAAUAUUUUUAUACCUGAUGUUUACAGAUGUUGGGAAGUUAUCAAUAAAGACUGUUGUUAAAAGGGAACACUA